GGUGUGCAUCAUGCCGCAUCUUUGGCACUGCCGAACGGCCCGGAAGCGUCCGCGUUCCGGGCACCCCAUUGUUCCUCUCCUCGUCGUGGUGGUGGUAACGAUGGGAACAAUGAUUCGGUAUACGGACGCCUUGGUCUGCCUGCGAUCCUCGAGUCGUCGAUGGACAGCCCUGUCCAUGUCCGUGACGGGGACGGAACUCCGUCUACGGAAGGGUCGCCAAAAGGCGCAACAACAACAGGCGGAAGCGGAGUCGCCGUCGUCCGAUGGCAAGAAUGUCGUAUUGGAAACACUCUACGCCUGUGCCGUCAAUCUAGACGACCUCUCCGUACCAUUUCUCACGUCAAUCAAGAGUGAAUCUACUUUUGUGGAAUACACUGACGACGGUUUGGCGAUGCCCGAUCAAGGCAUUGGAAAAUUCAAGGAAGAGUUGGCCAACAUUCUGGCCGAACCCAUUGUCGAAAUUACGGUUUCCGCUAGUGUCAUUUUCAAUAGUUUGCUCGUUGCCAUUUCGACUAUUCCCUCCAUUCCCUACGAAAACGCCAUUCGGAUGGCCAUCAACGUCGUGGGCGUCAUCUUUGCGGCCGAUUUCUUUGCUCGUUGGUUUUCCUCCUCCAAGGACACGGGCAAGCACGUCCUUAAUCCACAGUUCGCCAUUGACGUCGUGGUCGUCAUUCUGCCCCUCGUGUUCGGCGUUGCUCCGGAGUCCUUCUGGGCCACCGUGACGUGGAUUCCCAACUGGCUGACGAGUCCCUCGGUACUCAUCAAUCUAGAACUCCUACGCGUCCUGCGUUUGCGACGGGCCCUCCGGGACAAGGCUACUUUCGCCAUGUACGCACAAGCCGUCGGCGUUCCCGGUCAAAACAUAAAACCCUGGCAGCUACAACUCGCACGGGUACUCCUGAGUUUAUUCACCCUCCUCUCCAUCUCCACCGGACUCAUCUACACCGUCGAACACAAAGUCAAUCCCGACAUUAGCGAUUACUUUACCGCACUCUAUUUUGGUUUGACCACCCUCACCACGGUGGGAUUUGGAGACUCACUCACGCCCUCGUUGUUCUUCUGGUCUCUUCCAUCCAAUCCGAUAGACAUUACUCCCGUCACCUGGACGGGAAAGCUGGUUGUAUGCGGCAGCAUUGUGGCCGGCGUGGCCGUGGUUCCCGCGCAAGCGGCCAGUCUCGUGGAAGCCUUGCUGCAGCGACAAGACGAUCGGGACAACGAUCGCCGGCCGCGGCGCGCGACGAGGUUGCGACAAUCAGCGUGGGAUGCGGACACUCCCCACGGCGGCAAUCGCGUUUUAGACGUCCACCUUGCCUGUCCGACUUGCAAUGCGACCCUGCACUGGUCAGACGCACAAUUUUGUUACGCCUGCGGGGCGGAACUUUGA